CAUAUUUCAAUGCUCGGAUUCUGAGAGUUAAGCAAAGUAUUAAUACUUUUCAAUUGGGUUACUGAAAAAUUGUUGAUUUUAAAUGAAAAAAAUUUUAAAAGGAAAAGACGGGGAAAUUCAAGAGAAGUGGAGGUAUCAUUGUAUUAUAAAUAGAGUGGAGGUGGUGUGUUGUGAGUCACAAGAGAAUUAUAUAAUUUAUUAUUCUGAUAAGAAAUGAGUUGUAAGUGGCUUUUGAUGUUGUUUUUAGUAAUUAAGUUGGUUUGUUUGGGUGAGGGGUGUUGGGAUGAAGAGAGAAUUGCCCUUCUUCAACUUAAACAUUUUUUCAAUAAUUAUAAUUCUUAUUACAAACGUCUUAACCUCUAUGAUUGGGUGGACAAUUCCGACUGUUGUGCAUGGGAAAGAGUUGAGUGUGACAACAAUACUGGCAGAGUCAUCCAAGUCAAUCUCCAUGAAACAAGAGAUUGGGAAUUAAGAGAAUGGUAUCUAAAUACAUCUUUGUUUUCUCCUCUCCAACAACUUAAGGGGUUAGUUUUAAGUUACAAUAACAUAGGCGGUUGUAUUGAAAACGCAGGUUUCGAGAGGCUGAGAAACUUGGAGGAACUACAUUUAUCUAGAAACAAAUUCAACAAUAGCAUCUUUUCAUCUCUAGCAAGUCUCUUCUCAUUAAAAACAUUGACUCUAAGUGAGAACAAUUUGAAUGGGAUUAUUAAUAUUCAAGGUUUGAGUAAUUUGGAGGUUAUGGAUUUAAGUUAUAACAACCUCAACAAUAGAAUAUUAUUCUCUGUAGCUGGUCUCUCUUCAUUGAAAUCUUUGUAUCUACAAAAUGUUGGAUUGAAGGGAAGUGUUGAUGUUGAAGGACUAUAUUAUUUGAAGAACUUAGAGGAAUUGGACAUGAACUGGAAUAGGAUUGGCCAAUUUGUAAACUCCAAAGAUCAUGGAGCCUUGAAGAAGCUGACUAUCCUUUAUCUAGAGGGUAUGAAAACCACUAAUGCAACUGCCCUUUUCCUAUCAACAUUAAUGUCAUUCUCCUCCUUGAAGACGCUUCACCUUUCAUAUAAUAAUGUUACUCAAAUAGAGAUUACUCAAGAGUUGCACAGUGUGACCAGUAGCGUGGAAGAAUUGUUCUUGGAUUUUAAUAAGCUCCAUAUAAACUUUCCAAAUAUUGUUAAAAUUUGUCCUUCACUAAAAUUUUUGGCAAUGAGGAGUUGUGAGUUCAAUGGCUUCUCAGAAGUUGAAGAGUUGCAAAAUUUGACCAGCUUGGAAGAAAUGCACUUGGAUGAUUCUAAGCUCCCCAGAAGCUUUCUACGAUUUGUUGCACCUUUUACUUCACUGAAAGUUUUGUCAAUGAGAAAUUGUGAGUUCAAUGGCAUCCCACAAGUUCAAGGUCCCCUUAAUCUAAAAAAUUUGGAAAGUUUGGACAUGGUUAAUACUACUCUCAACACAAGCUUUUCUAAAAUCUUUAGACUGGGAACUUCUCUUAAAACAUUAUCAUUGUCUCACUGCAGACUUAGUGGCACAUUAGCUGACCAAGGCUUGUGUGAGCUGAUGGAUUUGGAAGAGUUAGAUAUUGGCUAUAAUGAUUUAACGGGUGUCUUACCUCCAUGUCUUGCAAAUUUGACUUCACUUCGACAAUUAGAUAUAUCUUCCAACCAAAUUAAUGGAAACAUCUCCUCAUCUCCCCUUGAUAACCUAAAAUCCAUUGAAUUUCUCCACAUUUCAAACAAUCUUUUUCAAAUCCCAAUUUCACUCAAUUCAUUUUUUAAUCUUUCAAACCUCAAAGAAUUUUGGAGUGAAAAUAACCACUUAUAUGUUGAAGCCAUGUCAUAUUCCUUGACCCCAAAAUUCCAAUUAAAUUGGAUCAUAUUAUCUGGCUAUGGAAGUGUUGGCACUUUUCCCAAAUUUCUUUAUCAUCAACAUGACUUAGAAAGUGUUGAUCUCUCUCACAAUAACUUGACUGGAGAAUUUCCAUACUGGUUGUUGUACAAUAAUACCCAAUUGGAAACACUCUUUCUAGUUAAUAAUUCUCUUUCAGGAAAUGUUGAGUUGUCAUCUCAAUCCCAUAUGAAUUUAUUCACACUAGAUAUCUCCUUAAAUUUAUUCCAUGGUCAAAUUCCGACAAAUAUUGGUGCAAAACUACCACACCUAGCAUAUUUAAAUAUGUCUAGAAAUGUUUUCAACGGUAAUAUUCCAUCUUCUUUUAGUAAUAUGAGCUCCUUGAUAAGUAUGGACAUAUCAAACAAUAACUUGUUUGGUGGAUUACCUGAACAGUUAGCCAUAAGUUGCUCCUCACUAAGAGUACUUGUGCUAUCAAACAACAAUUUGCAAGGUCGGAUCUUUUCUAAUAAUUUUGAGUUUACACAGUUUAAUAGAUUACAAUUGGAUGGCAAUAAUUUUAGUGGAAGGAUUCCAAAAAGUUUGUUUAAUUGUUCUACUUUGCAAAUGUUGUAUCUUAAUGACAACAAUCUCUCAGGUAAAAUCCCAAGAGGGUUUGGAAAUCUAUCACAUUUAGUUGAUAUAGUGAUGUUUAAUAAUCAACUUGAAGGUCCACUUCCAAAGGAAUUUUGUCAAUCUCAAAAUCUUGAAAUUUUGGAUCUUUCAAAGAACAAUAUAUUUGGGAGUUUACCACCUUGUCUUUGCCAUUCAAAUAUCAGACAGGUUCAUUUGUCUAGAAAUAGAUUAAGGGGACAAUUAAAAGAUGCUCUCUAUAUUAAUAGUUCUUCCUUGGAGAUCUUAGAUCUUAGCUAUAACCACAUAGAAGGGAAUAUUCCAAGUUGGAUUGAGAAACUUUUGUCCUUACGUUACUUGAUCUUACGUAACAACAAUCUUGAAGGUGAAUUACCUACUCAAUUGUGCAAAUUGGAAGAAUUACGCUUGAUAGAUCUCUCUCAGAACAAUCUUUUUGGAAAAAUUCCUUCUUGCCUAAAUUUUACUUCCCUCCGUGAAGGAUAUGAGAAUGAUGAAAGUUUAAUUUAUGAUUUGAUGGUUAACUAUAUAACUAUUGGAAGGGGAUAUGAAGAGUCAGUACAGUUCACUACUAAAAGUAUGUUAUACUCUUACAAAGCAAAAAUACUCGCGUUAAUGUCAGGAAUUGAUCUUUCAUGUAAUAAAUUAUUUGGUGAAAUUCCUCAUCAAAUCGGAAACUUUACAGGGAUUCAUACUCUUAACCUUUCUCAUAAUAAUUUGACAGGAUCAAUCCCAACAACAUUCUCAAAUCUCAAACAGAUUGAGAGUUUAGAUCUUUCUUACAAUAAUUUGAAUGGGAAUAUCCCUUCUGAACUAAUAGAGAUAUACACUUUGUCUGUAUUCAGUGUGGCAUACAAUAAUUUAUCAGGCAGAACACCUAAAAGGAUUAGACAAUUUGCAACCUUUGAAGAGAGUAGCUAUGAAGGAAAUAUAUUUCUUUGUGGAUUGCCAUUGAAUAAAAGUUGCAGCCCGUUGGAAUCACCAUCAUUGGCACCAAAAGCUUCAUCAAUUAUCAAGGAAGAUGAUAGUGAUUUUGUUGAUAAGGACAUUUUCUAUGUAAGUUUUGUGGUGACCUACAUAGUUGUGCUUAUAGCAUUUGCUGCAAUUUUGUAUGUGAAUCCAUAUUGGCGACGAACAUGGUUUUAUCUUGUGGAGAUGUGGAUACUUUCUUCCUACUAUUUUGUUAUUGAUCAUCUCACACUAUUUUAUCGUUAA